UUUCUUAACACGUAUACUAUAAAUUUCUUUCGAUUUUAGAUUACUGUAAUUUAUAAAUGAGAGGUUCUGACGAGUUAUUAAGUCAAGCAGCAGUUAUGGCACCAGCAUCGGACAAUAAUAAUCAAGAUUUGGCAACAAAAAAAGUUAAAUUGGAAACAAAUACAGUUUUAGGUGGUGGUGUCGGUAAACCAUCUAAAGUAAUUCAUCUAAGGAACAUUCCAAAUGAAUCAAGUGAAUCAGAAAUAAUCCAAUUGGGGGUACCAUUUGGGCGUGUUACCAAUGUACUUGUAUUAAAGGGUAAAAAUCAAGCAUUUUUAGAAAUGGCUGAUGAAUUAUCAGCUACUCAAAUGGUAACAUGUUUUACUAGUACACCACCACAAUUACGCGGUCGAAUAGUAUAUGUUCAGUAUUCAAAUCAUCGUGAAUUAAAAACAGAUCAAAGUCAUUCAGUUGCGAACGCAUCAGCUGCAUUACAGAAUCAAGAUUUUCAAAUACAAUCACCAGCUUCUGGUUCACCGUUACCGGUUAGCGGUGGUGCGGAUGCAACACAAAAUGCAGUUACACAAAAUAAUACACAAGUUGGUGUUGGUGGACCAAAUACAGUUCUAAGAGUAAUUGUAGAAUCGCUUUUAUAUCCAGUUUCAUUGGACAUACUACAUCAAAUAUUUCAACGUUUCGGCAAAGUAUUGAAAAUUGUAACAUUUACUAAAAACAAUUCAUUCCAAGCUCUUAUACAAUAUCCGGAUGCUCAAGCUGCCCAACAUGCUAAAGCUAUAUUGGAUGGACAAAAUAUUUAUAAUGGUUGUUGUACAUUACGUAUUGACAAUAGCAAAUUAACAGCAUUAAAUGUUAAAUAUAAUAAUGAUAAAUCAAGAGAUUUUACAAAUCCAUCUUUACCGCCGGGUGAACCAGGUGCUGAUGUUAUACCAGGAGCUGGGGGUUUGGUUAAUACAAAUGAUUUAUUAUUGAUAGCAGCCAGGCAAGCUAGACCUGCUCUUACAGAUAUUAAUUAUUUUCUAUCCCGUUUAGCUAUUAAUGGGUUAGCUGCACCCGGAGUUUUACCACCAUUUCCAUUAGGUAUCGGUACACCAUUAACUGGUGCAUAUAAUAGUGGUUUACCAAGUUUAAAUGCAUUUGCAUUAGCUGCCAAUACUGGUGCUUUAGGUGUGGCAUCACCGGCCGCUCUAAGAGGUUUUUCAAACGUUUUACUUGUAUCAAAUCUAAAUGAAGAGAUGGUCACGCCUGAUGCUCUAUUUACCCUCUUUGGUGUUUACGGAGAUGUGCAACGUGUAAAAAUUUUAUACAACAAAAAAGAUUCGGCUUUAAUACAAAUGGCAGAACCACAACAAGCUUAUUUAGCAAUGAAUCAUUUGGACAAAAUACGUUUAUGGGGUAAAUCAAUACGUGUAAUGCCAAGCAAACAUCAAGCUGUACAAUUGCCAAAAGAAGGACAACCGGAUGCUGGUUUAACACGUGAUUAUUCACAAAAUCCAUUGCAUCGAUUUAAAAAACCCGGAAGUAAAAACUAUCAAAACAUUUAUCCACCAUCGGCAACACUGCAUUUAAGUAACAUUCCAGGAUCAUGUACUGAGGAAGAUAUCAAAGAAGCUUUUACAAAAAAUGGUUUUGAAGUGAAAGGCUUUAAAUUCUUCCCAAAAGAUCGUAAAAUGGCUUUACUUCAAUUAGUAUCCGUGGACGAAGCUGUUUUAGCACUAAUUAAAAUGCACAAUCAUCAACUAUCCGAAUCAAAUCAUUUACGAGUUAGUUUCUCAAAAUCAAAUAUUUAAGGAUAUAUUUUACUAAGGACAUUUUAUUAGCGAUUUAAAAUUUAAGAAAACACACUACAAAUUAAGAAUUCAAACAUAUAGAAGAAAAAAAAGAAGAAUAUUAAUUUAAAAGUAAAAAACAAAAAACAAAAAAAAAACUCAAGUAAAAUAGAAGUGAAAAAAGGAAAGUAAAAUACUAUUUUAUAAAUAGAAAAAUUAAAAAAACUAAAAUUUACCGUAAAAAUCUCAAAAUUAACCUUCUUCUAUUUUUAAUCAAAUUGUUAAAAAAAAAAGAAAUGUAAAACAAUUUUUGUUCUUUUAUUUUUCAAAUUAAUUAUAUUGAUAUAUGCAUACUUAUAUAAAAACAUACAUAUAUGUAUAUAUAUAUAUAUAUAGAGGAACUUUUUAUUGUCGGUUUAAAAUAUCAAAAUAAAGUGAGAACAAUCCCAUAUUUAAAAUUAUGUAAUUUUUAAUCUUAUUAAAAAAAAAAAUUAAGAGUGAUAAAAUAAUCUAAAAUUUAUAGGUCGUAUAUUAAGAAUACAAAAGCAUGAAAUGAUUAUUGUGGAUCAACACACACACGAACACAAUCAAAAUUAAUCAAUUAUAAAAUUGGGAAACAAAAAUAACUAACACACACAUUGAUAUUCGUUUUACACGCAAUAUUUAUACAUACAUACGUAUAUACAUGUAUAUAUGUAUAUAUAAAUUUUUGGAAUUUAAAAAAAACAAAAAUUUUGAAUUUAUAAUUAUGACUCAAAAAACAAAAAUUGUUAUUUAAAAGAAAUGAAAAUACUGUAAAAAUUGAACAAAAAAGUUAUAAAAUCAUGAACAAAUGUAAUUGAAAAAAAAUUAAGAAAAAGCAAAGAACACAUAAACAAAAUAUAAAUACAACUUAACAACUUAAAAUUAAACUCAAGAGAGUUGAGAAUAUUAAAGAAAAAAAUUAGAAGAAAAAACUCAUACAAAAGAGAUUUAGAUUAUAGAUGAACGUAUAUAAAAUGGUAAAUUGAAACGGUAAACAAAAAUUAAAAAUAUGUAAAAUAAAUAAAUAAAACAAAAUUAAAAUAUAUCUAUAUGUAUACAUUCUCAUUUUACGUCACAAAAUAAUUUUAUUAAAUUUAAAAAUAACAUAAACCACACACACAAUUAUUAAUAACUGAAAAAUUUAUAAAUGCAAUUUAUAAUAAGAAAUUGACUUUUUUUUUUUUUAAAAAACAAUUAAAAUAAAAUAAAAAUAAAUUUAAAGAAACUGAUAAUUUUUUGAUAAUUUUUACAAAUUUUGAAGAAAAAAAAAAGUAACAUGUUUUAAAAUAUAUUCAUAUAUAUAUAUAUAUAUACAUAAAACAAAUGUAAAAAAGAAACUAUAGGUAUAUACAUAUAAAUAUGUAUUAAAAAUAACAACAUAUUAAAAACAAAAACAAAACAAAUAAAUGAUUUGUAACAAGAAAUUAAUUAUUAUAAAAAUCAAAUAUUAAUUGAACCUAUAAAAGUCACUAAAAAAAACAAAUAAACAGCAAAAACUUUUUAGAAUAAUUAUAUACACCCUUACAUUAUUUAAAUAAUUAAUAUAAAAGAAAAAUUUCUAAAGAUUUAAAAUAUUAAACAAAAAAGAAAACCUAUAAUAAUAAAACUCGAAUGUAUAGAACAACAAUGCAAUAUAUAAAAACUUCAAAUUCAAAAAAAAAACAAAAACAAAUCACAAAACAAAACAAAAGGAACAAGAAACAAAAGAAUAAACAACCCAUCGAAAACAAUAUUUUCACAUACAAAAAAUUCUAUGUUUUCUCUUUUCUAAAUACAUAAGAUAUAAAUACAAAUAUAUAAUAUUUCAUAUUAAUUCAAUAAAUUAUUAUUUAUUAAAUAUUAUUUAAUUUAAAAG